GAAAGACCCAAAAAGACCUUAAAUCGGAGCUUUUCAUGACCACUUUUGUCUAGGCUUCUCUGAGUCUUUGAAACAUAGUUGUCAUACAGAAAUGGUGGAGCGACAAGCGGUAGAUCAGCCUCACCAGAUUGAUUCACAACUGCAGUCCUUGCCGCCUCCAAGGGACGACAUGAUUGCUUGCGUCAUGGCAUUAGAGGCUGCUUUGCUUCCGUGCUUGCCCGCGAGAGAGCUUCAAGCUAUAGAUCGUUCUCCGCACCCUUCUCAUCAGAUUGAUGUGGAAAGGUAUGCCAGAGAUUUUAUGGAGGCUGCCAAGAAGCUUCACCUUAAUUUUAUUGGCCUGCAACGUGAAGAUCAGCCAACAAAGGUUGAAACACUUAGAAAGGAGAUUGCUUUGAUGGAGGAAGACUUAAGGAUAAAGAGUGACAUUAUCAAGAAGCAAGAGAGACUGAUCCAAGGGUGGAGAAAAGAUUCGAAAGACCAAGUGGACAAACACAACAUCGAGUUGAAGAGGGUGUAGGGUGUAUUUUGUAAGCAAUAAGCUCGCUAUUUUCUGAAUUGGAGUCAAAUUUCUUGGUGCUGCAUGCUCCUGAUCACAUAGGAUUGAUACUGCGCUCCCUUUUUUGUAAUUUAUAAAAUGAGAAAUACUCUAAUCAUAAAGUGAUUACACAUAAAUAAUCUCACAAACUGA